CGACAGAGGAAACUUAGAGCAGGGGAAACUGGUUUGGUCGGGUUUGCCAAGAGAUGUCUUGACUUUUAGUUGUUAUAGCUCUUCAGGUUGUCUCUAGUUUGGAAGCUCGGCGCAUGGAUAUAAUUUGUAAGAAGCACUAGAGAUACGAGUUUUAAAGAUGUUCAUAUAUAAUUAGUCACCUAAACUCAUUUAGCACUCGGUAGGAUGUGUCUGAAUAUAGGCAGUUAUUAUUACGUAGUAAGGCAAUGGUAUCGAAAUAAACUUGAAAUACCUGGUCUGCGUUAAGUUUUAGGGAAGUCGUGGGAGUCUGGUCUCCGCCCCUCGCUCAUCUGGCACCGCCUCUUGUGUGCGAUUUCCCUCGGAGUUCGCGGUAGUUUCUUGCGCAGGCGCAGUGCCUUUACCAUGGCGGAAUUGAUUUCUUUCGUGGUUCCCACCCAGAGUGACAAAGUUUUGCUGGUGUGGGAGCUGAGCGCUGGUCCCCCAGCCGAGGCCUUAAGACAUUCUCUGUCUGCAGCGUUCUCCCAGUUUGGCCUUCUGUAUUCAGUCCGAGUCUUCCCGAACGCCGCGGUGGCCCGCCCCGGCUUCUACGCCAUCAUCAAGUUUUACUCGUCAAGGGACGCGCAGAGAGCCCAAAGGGCCUGCGACGGGAAGCCUCUCUUUCAGACUUCGCCAGUGAAGGUUCGUCUCAGCACUAGACAUAAGGCCCUGCGACAUCAGGCCUUUGCCCUAAACAGCUCACGAUGCCAGGAACUGGCAAAUUUCUACUUUGGCUUCAAUGGAUGGUCAAAAAGGAUCCUCAAGCUGCAGGAGCUCCCUGGAGCGGAGGACAAGGCCCUUGCGGGGCCCGGGCGGAAGCAGAGCCUCAAGUUCUUCUGUGCUGUGGAGGUGGUGCUGCCGUCCUAUGGAUGCAGGAGCCCUGGAGUCGGCAUCGCUGACGAGCCUCUGCACCAGCUGGAAGAAGCCCCCAUUCAGGUAUUUGAAAUCUGUCUGCUUUUGCUCGGCUCCAGGACAGCCAUCGUUUCUCAUGAGGAGGAAGACCGCUCAGAAGCUCGCGAUCCAGAGCGCCUUGUCAGACGCCUUCCAGAAGCUGGCCAUCGUGGUUUUAGGGUUUCUCUGUGUAGCUUUGCGCCUUUCCUGGAAGCUCAUUUCUUGAGGAGUAGAAAAUUGCCCAUUGCUUCUAAUCCAGUGUCCUCUAUGCCAGAAAGUGGCAAGGUCGCGGUAGAGUACAUUCCCAGUGAAGAGUCCAUAGAUGCCGAAAGUGAGGAAGAGCUACAGAGUUUAAUCCAGGUCAGCUCCUUUCCUUGGAAUCAGCCCGGCCAAAGGGAGGAGGAGUGUCUCUCCGAUUUCAGCUUGGAAGAGGAAGAACCGGAGCUGUAAGAACUGCACUAGCUCUGUGUCGAGGCAAGGCCCUGCCAUCUCACUCUCCUGGGAACGUCUACAUUUCUGAUCUGUGGGCUGUUGGCAUCCCUCAACACCCAAGUGUGAGGCCCAAGUCUUGCCCAGCACCUCGGAAGAGGUCUAAGAGGCUGGCUGCUGCCUUUGCCUCAGGAAUGACCCUGGGAUGGGAAGAGGUUCCCUGUGCAGAAUGGCACUGGGCCCAGAGGAAUAAAGGUCGCCUAACAAA